UACGAAUCGCUUUUUGGUAAUCGUUAGAACUAGUCGAUUAACUAGUUGUUGUAUGAACUAUUUAAUCUUAUGUUCAACAAAUAAGUAAUUGAAGAUUGGAAGAAUAAGUCUAAGAAAACUAUACGUGAAUGAAACACGCUUUGGCUAAUGGAAUAACAUUGAAGGAGUAUCAACGUACCAACGGUGGAUUGAACUAGUUCGUUGAAUCAACGCUCAAUGUCCAUCCCUAAAAUGCACAGCAUAGACAUAGCACAGAUCACAGAUGAUCAUAGAUUGCUUUUGCUCGCCGCAGUAUCUCCUCGCUUAUUAUUUGACGAAGAAGCGUUACGAGGUUGGCUUGAGGGUGAGAAAAGGAACACGCCCUAUCCGUGUAGAAUUUGAACGACGUAAUUGGCGUAGCCGGCACUCCUAUUUUACAAACAAAAUAAUGAAUGACAAUGGUUGCAUUCACUUGAAUAAUUUUAAGGCCGCCAAGGGUACACAUCCUUACAAAAUAGUCCACGCAUUUUUCGUAUCAUGCACUUCAUACGAGGCAAGGAAAUACAAGGCGACGUCUUGUUUGUGUUUUACAUGUGGUAAACCGGGACCGCGUAUGCACUCGUGUUUGCAUUGCAUUUUCUUCGGAUGCUACGCCGGCCACAUACAAGAUCAUUCAAAGACAAAGAAACACUUUCUAUAUGUUGACUUGAGCCAUGGCAACAUAUUUUGUGCACAAUGCCAAGACUACAUUUAUGAUAGAGAACUCACUGAUAUUGCUGUUACACACAGAUUAAAAGAAGCAAAAUCUUUAGGAUUACAUGUGCCAUACACUCCAUGGUUGCCUAACAACAAUGAGGCGAUGGCCCUCCGUCGUCUGCGCAAGAGAAGACUCAUCAGCCCACAUACAACAAUAGGCCUGCGGGGGCUACAGAAUCUGGGAUCCACUUGCUUUAUGAACUGCAUUGUACAGGCGCUCAUUCACACGCCCUUACUGCGAGAUUACUUUCUGGCUGAGAAACAUAAAUGCAAAGCGCAAAGUUCCAGCAAAUGCCUCGUAUGCGAAGUCUCAAAGUUAUUCCAGGAGUUUUAUUCCGGCGCGAAGACUCCUUUGACCCUGCACAGACUUCUGCACUUAAUCUGGACACACGCGCGGCACCUGGCGGGCUACGAGCAGCAAGACGCGCAUGAGUUCUUCAUCGCCACGCUCGAUGUACUGCACAGGCAUUGCAUGAACGGUGUCGAAGAUAUAGAGAAGAAAGAGAACGGUCGCUGCAACUGUAUCAUAGAUCAGAUCUUCACCGGUGGCUUACAGAGUGAUGUGGUGUGCACAUCUUGUUCCGAAAUUAAAUGCUCCAAUUGUCGAGCGUACAGGGAAUCUACUAAACAGCUGACAUUAGAAACGUUACCGAUUGUAGCAAGUUUCCAUCUUAAACGCUUCGAACACUCCUCGCAGAUAGAUAGGAAGAUAUCAGCAUUUAUAUCUUUUCCUGCUGAGUUGGAUAUGACUCCUUUUAUGUCAUCACAUCGUCGUGCAGUAGACAUGGGGGGAUCAGAGAAUAAUAAUGCCCCGCAAGGUAUUUUUGAAGAUAAUCGGUAUUCGUUGUUCGCGGUUGUGAACCACCUUGGGUCGCUGGAUGCUGGACAUUAUACUGCUUAUGUGCGACAGAUGAAGGGCAGCUGGUUCAAGUGUGAUGACCACAUGAUCACAAGAGCCUCGCUACGGGAAGUCCUGGAUAGUGAGGGGUAUCUUCUCUUCUAUCACAAAACCGUCCUGGAAUAUGAAUGUGAUGUGUCAUAAAUUAUCUUCAUAAAUUAUGGGACUUUUGGGAAACAGUUUUACGAUAAUUCGUAAAUAAUUAAUGUCGUGUCUGAAUCAAUUUGUAAUACUGGUCGAUACCCAGUUAUUCCUAAAUGUAUGAGAUAAAGUGAUAUUAGUGUUUAAACUAUCAAAAUCGCUCCCGAAGUAGAGUUGUGUUGGUGACGAUUAGCGCUAAGCUUUAAUGUAUUGUAAAUUAUGUCUAAAAAUAUAUACAUCUUGUAUAACGACUGAAAGAAUUCUCAAAAUCUUAAUGUUACGCUUUGUAUUGCGUUUCUGCUUAUAUUUUAUUACUUUGACAUUGAUAUUGUAAAAUUAUUGACAUUGUAUUCUUAUGUUGAAUUUUGAAAUGUAUCAAAUCUAUAAAUAUGAAAAAUAAUGAAAAAAAAUGUACCUAAUGAUUGUGUAGUUUUUCAAUCUGGUAUUUACUGAACAAACUCUUAAAUCUACCUCGCCUAUCUCUUGCAUUUUACUUAGAUUUAUACAAAAUGUGGUUGAAUUUGAAUAGCUUUGUAAUAUGCUUAUUCAAGUUUAUAAAAUGUAAAAUGCAUAAAAUAUUAAAUGUUGUCGAUAUUUGUGCAGAUUCAGUAAAUAAUCUAUUAGUUAUAAACCAAAGUCAGCAAGACUUGUAUAAAACGAUCAAUUUAGAUGGCACGUGCGUCAUAUCCUUGUUAAUAUGACUGAUUUAGCUUAAUGUGAUAUAUUUAUGUGUGUAUAAAUUAGUUGUAUGUCUCCCUGCAAUUAGUUUUUAAACAAAUACUUUGUACAUUAGCAAAAGUGCAGUUUGUAACUGUAAGCUUUCAUUGCUUUAACUACAAAAAACAUUUUCAAAGCGAAUGUAUGACAAAAGCAGUUUAAUCCUAAUUUAAGUCCCUUUCUCUUUACCGCCCUUUUCUUAUAAGGAGAGAAUGGGAAGGGGAAGUGCAUUUGACAGUGGAGGAGAUGCAUAGGAAAAGGAAAUAUCCGCUUUAUGUGUGUCCCCUUCCUUCGGAUAAGGGUAAGCAACGCAACUGCAAUUGCGGAUGUCUAUGGGCAGCGGUCGCUUCGCCAUUUUGGCGGAUUUAGGUGCCCGCUUGCUCGUUUGCUACCUUAUUUUAUUAAAAAAAAAUCCUUAAUUUUAUAUUGGCCGCUACAUAGAACAUGAUUGUAAAGAAAUCUGUUUUUUUAUUCAUUUACAUGGUCCUUGGUAUAAAAACCUAUAUUUAAAAAAACUUGCCCUUAUUUCCUAUCGAAUUAAGGGUUCAGCACACUGUAACAAAAUGUAAUUUUUUUUUAAUUGAAUUUUAACUGUAUAUUAUGUAUAAGCCAAGAUUGUAAAAAUUAGCCAAUGGACGCUUAAUUCGGCUAAUAUACGCAAAUAUAUUAGUUCCGUAUUUUCACGCAAUAUGGUAAAGGUUUCUAUCUUUGGUAUGUACUAUUUGCUAAUGUAUGAAAGUAGUGUUUUAUUUGCAUUUAAUAUUUAAUUAGAUCCGCGCCUAAAUCGACUUACUAUUAGAUCAUAGUGUUAAAUUAUGUGAUAGAUAAAUGGUAUUCAUUUUAUUUCAAUGUUUUUAAUCUUGACAACAGAUCUUUUAAUACCAUUUGGUCGAUGAAUUUAGUUUUAGCGAUGUUGACGUAUGUUAUACAGGAAAUAUUUUAAUAAGCGUCAUUAAUUUAUAAGAUUGUAUGAAUAUUCAAUAUGAUAAUGAAAUUAAAUAUUAAAGACAUUUCCAUAUCAGAUUGUAAAGCCUAACCAAUAAUAUAAAAAUGGUAGCCUGGGGGCGCUUCAAUAGAUUUCAUUACUGUCACUUUACGUACAUGUACGUAGUUCCAUGUUUUUCCGCAAUAUGGCGAAGCUUUUUAUAUUUCUGGUCAGACUAUAAUUGAUGUUUACUAUGCUGUUCUAAUUGGUGUCCUUGUAAUAGAUGUCAUCGACAUAUAGAAAAUAUACAAAUAUAACCAAGUGAAACAAGUAUUUCAUUUCUAAACAUUUAUUUCAUAUAAUUAUCACAAAUAAUUUAAAUUGGCUGCUUCUAGCAAUUUCUGAACGUUAUACACAAAAAAGUUGCCAUAACAAAAAUAUAACAAGCAAAAAAACGUACCAACCUCGAUAAAAACUUAUCGAAUUCAUGUUUCUAUUCGAUUCCUACCAAAUCUAGUUUGGGUAAUUAAAGAUUUUAGGCGGCAAUUUUUU